AUGGACACCCACGUUCAGCAAGGCCAUCAGGCGGCUCGAGAGGAGGUGGAGUUGCAAAAGCGCAUUGAUCGUCGUGACCAAGCAAGCGACAAGUCGGGUGAGAGCCAGCCGCCCCAAACAGGGGCACGCGAUUAUCCCACCAACCCGCUGCCAGAGCAGCACCAGGAAAAGCCGGGCAUUGAGUCCAAGCUAGAGCCACGACCUAUGUUCGAAGCCCCUUUUUACAAGGGAUCAGGGAAGCUUCAGGACAAGGUGGCACUGAUUACUGGGGCAGACUCUGGCAUUGGGCGCGCUGUGGCGGUGCUGUUUGCACGUGAAGGCGCAGACGUGGCGAUUGGCUACUUGAACGAGCACGAGGAUGCUCAAGAAACCAAGGACGUGGUGGAAAAAGAAGGCCGCCGAGCCAUCCUCUUGCCUGGGGAUGUAGCUGACCGCGGCUAUGGCGAGGACGCAGUCAAGCGGGUGCUGGAGGAAUAUGGCCGACUGGACAUUUUGGUCAACAACGCGGCUUUUCAGGAGCAUGCCAACGACUUGGCCGACCUGAGCCAGGAACACUUUGAUCGAACAAUCAAGACCAACAUCUAUGGCAUGUAUAACAUGACCAAGGCAGCUGCGCCACACCUCGCACCCCGUGGCUGCAUCAUCAAUUCGGGAUCGGUGUGCGGGAUUGAUGGAAGCGCCAACAAGAUGGACUAUGCGCUCACCAAGGGAGCCAUGCACGCCUUUACGAUUGCGACGGCCCAAAACCUGCUGCCGCGCAGCAUUCGGGUCAAUGCCGUGGCCAUUGGGCCCGUGUGGACGCCGUUUAAUCCGGCCGAUGCGCCGGCCGAGAAGAUUGAGCAGUUUGGCGCCAAGAGUCCCAUGGGUCGACCAGCCCAACCGGAAGAAAUCAGCCCGGCGUAUGUCUACCUGGCCUCGGAGCAGAUGAGCUCGUACGUGACGGGCACGGUGAUGGCCGUAUCCGGUGGCAUGACGCACUAG